CCAUAAAAAUCUUUCAGUGAGAGUUUACGAUCCCGCGGGUACGGUCGGAACUUUCGGGAUUUACGCGUAACAUUCCGUAGCAUUAAACUAUUCGCAAUUUAUUUCAUUUCAUUUUUUUUUCGUCGUCAACCGUCGUCUUUGUAUGCGGCGCAGCGCUUACUCGUCGUCGUCGUAUUCAGUAACGGGAAAAUUAAACGGCAAAUAGCAACUAGCGUAUCGUGCCGAUUCUGACGGCUUACAAAACAGUGCGAUGCGGUUUGUGCAGCUGUUCUGUGCGCGCUAAAUGCCAAUGCAGUAAGUAGUGCAAAAAUCAGUCAUACCGUUAAACUAUAUUUUGUUGGACGCGCGUGUAAACGUGACGUGUGCGGGCGUGUGUGUAUGUGUGCAAUUGUGUGAACGCCCAUUUGUUUUGGGGCUCAAGCGCCAUAUGAAAAUCUCGAAUUGCCGCUGAAAGGAAGUAAAGUUGUGCAAGCGAAAAAUUCUCCAGUGGGUGCCCACGAAAAAUCAAAGAUACAUAUAUAUGCGCGUGUGUGUAUGUGUGCAAUUGCACGGUGAAAACUGGUGUAGUUCAAGCGAAAUACAACAACAGUUGUGAGCUACAAUAAAAACUGUGUAAAAAGUGUAUACAAAAGUGAAACGCGUCCAGGACGCGCUCGGCGUAAGCAGCGCGGCGCGUAGCCCCAAAAACGGUGAGUGAGACGUGGCAGUGUUGGAAAUACACAAACAAACACACAUAUAUACUCCAGUGUGGCUGUGGCAAUUGCAGCUGCAAUCUGCUUGCAUUUAGCUCAGCAUUCCGCCUGCUGCCCGGCUAGUUAAAGCGUUUUCGUUAGUAAGCUCUAGUGUUUCACUCCGCUCCGUUUCGCUUAGUGCGCGCGUGUGUACGCUUUGCCAUAAUGCUGCUAAUUUCGCGUUAAGCGCCACUUAAAUGCCAAAUUAAAGUGUUGCGUGUGUAAAAAGCUUGUUAAAUUUGUGGUCAUUUAGCACCAACUUCAAGCGGAAAGUGACAUUCUAGUGCGUGUAGCUAAAAGUGCAAAUUUAAGUAAACACUAUUUAAAUGUAACUAAAACUGCCAAAUUGCUUACUUACAAAAGCUUAGGUUGUAGUUUACGCUUACAACAGCAACAACACUAGCAACAAAAUACAAUUUUACUGCAACAACUAAAAUAGUAAACACUCUAAAGGAAGCUGCAAGUAAAUACUCUUUCCACUUCCUCAGUAAUAAAAAAAGUACUCAUAAAUACAUACAGACGACUUAAUCCGUACGCUGCCGUACAUUUCUUAAAAGCUUUUGCGGUUUAAAGAGGUGUGAAUAUGCUAGUAUUGUGAAAAAUAAAUAAAAUUCUGAAAAUGUGAAAGAGAUUAACGCUUAACGGUAAAAGAUUCUGUAUGGAAAACAAAAUAAAAAAAUGUGCAGCCACAAUUUGUGUCAUAAAGUAUUGUGCAUGCGUGGCAUAUGCAAAUCCCCACAAGUAUUAAACCAUAAACUGUUGUCAUAAUAUUCUACUGCUUAUGAAAAAUUGCAAAAUAAUAUAUGAAAUUUAUAUAAAAAAAUAGUGAAUCUGUCAAAUCGUGCAAUUAUACACUAAUAACCUUAAAAAUAACUCAACGACUAGUAUAACCUACAAUUCCACGCUAUCCAAACUAUACAAUUGUCAAGAUGUCCUCGCAAAUAUUCACACCCUUCUGGUCACUCUGCAUAGUUCUAGCUUGCAUUCUCGCCAGCCAUUGCACUAAUUCGUCACGUGCACGCACCAGUCCAUCGACAAUGACACGCAACAUCGAAGAAGAAAAUGUUCGAUAUCUUUUGGAAGGACCGCCCGUACUGUCCGAAUCCAUCCAAGGCACAUUGGGCCGUUUGCCUUGUAAUGUGACGCCGCCCAUUUUGGAGGACCGCGUUGCACUCGUAAUUUGGUUUAAAGUGGGUCUGAAGACGCCCAUUUACAGCGUCGAUACGCGCGACUCAAACUUUGCAGAUGGCACACACUGGUCCGAUGAAUCGUAUCGCGAUCGCUUGUCCUUCUCCGUCGAGGGACGUUCAGGAACGCUGGCAAUUAAGAAGACCCGACAAGACGACACGGGCGAGUAUCGUUGUCGUGUUGACUUUCAAAAGAGUCCGACGCGCAAUUCAAAAGUGAAUUUAACUGUCAUAACACCACCCGAGUCAAUAAUCAUACUAGAUAGUAAAGGUGCGACGAUAAAGGACUACAAAUUGGGUCCUUACAAUGAAGGUGCGGUCAUCAAUAUAACCUGUGUGGCGGUUGGCGGACGGCCACAACCGAAAGUCACCUGGUGGAAUGGCAACAAAGAGAUCGACCAAUCGUCGCAUUCAUUGUCAGAUCGGCGUGUCGGCAAUAUACUGACGUUGGGCAAACUGACACGUGAGAAUCUACACAUGCAGCUUACCUGUCAGGCGGCCAACAACAAUUUGACGACGCCAAUUACCAGCACCGUUACACUUGACUUGAAUCUGCGCCCGUUGAUUGUGAAAUUGGAUGGCGAAAAUCGGCCAUUGUCCGCCGAUCACUCGUAUCAGCUGCAUUGUAAUGUUAUCGGUUCGCGACCGGCGCCGACGAUUACCUGGUGGAAGGGCAGCACACCCAUGAAGAAUACACAUGAAGUGGCAAAUCCUGAUGGUAAUAUGACAACGUCAAUAUUGACUUUUACGCCAACCAUCGAUGAUCGCGGCAAAUUCCUGUCGUGUCGCGCCGAACAGAGCAUGAUACCGGAAUCGGGCAUGGAGGACGGUUGGAAAUUGGAUAUUUACCACAUACCAGUUGUGAGCCUGGAACUCGGCACCAAUUCCAUAAACUCCACCUUUCGCGAAGGCAUCGACGUUUUCUUCGAGUGCAAUAUCAAAUCGAAUCCCUGGGUCUACAAAGUCAGCUGGCGUCACAAUGGCAACAUACUCGAGAACAAUCUAGCCGAAGGCAUCAUAGUGGCUAACCAAAGCUUAGUGCUGCAAAAUGUGAGUCGCGCUCGGGCUGGCAUCUACACCUGUGUCGGCAGUAAUCGGGAAGGUGAUGGCGAGAGUAAUCCGGUGCAUUUGGAUAUAAGAUUUGCGCCCGUCUGUCGGCCCGGUCAGCGUUUCGCCUACAGUUCCGGACGACAUGAGAUGGUUAAAAUUGCCUGCGAAAUCGAGGCAAAUCCAAUGGAGGCCACAUACAGCUGGAAAUUCAAUGCAACACUCGGCGAGACUAUCGACAUACCGGCAUCACUCAUCGCUGUGGAUCGUGGACGCAGCAUAGCGCACUAUACGCCCAUGACGGAAAAUGACUAUGGCACGCUGCUGUGUUGGGCCAGCAACGAAAUUGGCGAUCAGAGUGAACCGUGUGUUUACACCGUGACACCGGCAGGCGAACCGGAUCCAUUGGUUAACUGCACGCUACUCAAUCAAACGUCGACCGGCUUUCAAAUUGAAUGCAUCGAAGGCUUCGACGGCGGUCUGCAGCAGGAUUUCAUAAUGGAAGUGUAUGUGAACGGAACGACACGCCAUCCGAAAAUUUACAAAUCAAAAACACCAUACUUCGAGGUGCGCGGUCUGGUGCCCGGCGCUGGCUAUAAUGUCUUCUUGGUGGCGCACAACACGAAGGGACGCAGCAAUGCAACCAUACUGCAAGUGUAUACGCUCAAGGAUCCGGAGAAGCAGACAGUCGUAAUUACUUACAAAAAGGGUGACAUGUAUACGCCGCCACGCUUUUACGAACUAACAACUGCCACUACUAUUCUAACAACACAAAUCUACAACAGUACAAUAACAAAAAUUAAAACAAAUAAAAAUCUCUCACUCGCCUAUGCGCCCGUAAUCGAGGAUAUCCGGCCAUUUCUCGGCAUACUGGUCGGCAUUGUGGGCAGCAUAUUCCUGGUGGCGCUUAUCAUUGUCAUUAUUGUUCGCAUGCGUGGCUCAACGGGACGCGAUCGCAAUAAUUACUCGCAUCCAACAACGACGGGCAGUGGGCGUGGCAAUAAUAAUAACGGCAGCGUCAGCAUCGGUACUUUGCACAAUGGGCAAUCAAUACAGGAUAUACGCAUUGGACGGGAUACCUGUCAUGUGACGAGCAGUUUAGAUAGUAUAGACAAAAAUCCGGAUAUAAUACCGCAAGAUGGUCGUGACGAUGACGAGGAGUGGACCACCAAAGGACAUAAUCGCGCCUAUGCCACAGCAGCGUUGGCGGAGCAGAAUGCUGUCAUCACCUCAUCCACAUAUGAUCAUAUAAUGCCCACAUAUGCUGUUGUCGAUAAGAAGUCCGCUGCGCAGCAUUUGCAACAAUUGCAACAACAACACCAACAACAGCAGCAACACCAGCAACAACCGCCACCACCGCCGCAUGGCCAGUAUAUACACUAUAAUGCGCUGAUACCGGUGAGCAAAAUGGGCGGAUAUGCGCAGCAGCAACAACAGUCGCAGCAGCAACUAAAUAAGACUGAUUUAACCUACGCCGAAUUGGCUGGCCCAGGUAAUGGACCACGCAUGACGCCUUACUGCAGCGCCACAUUGGGACGUCCACGACAAACGGAACUGAAACGAGCCGAACCGAACAUCUAUUCACAGAUCGAUUUAGCUCAUCAUCCGAUGUACUCGACGAGUCCCAUGUUUGGCGGUCAAACCACCAUAACCGGUGUCACCAUGUCACAUCCCUCGCAGUUGGCCACAUUUACUCCGGCACCGCCGUUAUUCACGCACAAGGUGCUCGGCGCUGCGCAAUCGCAGUCGCUGCCACCGAAUGUUGCAGUGCCGGUUAGCAGCAAUGGAUUGCUGCAGACGGUGACCGCUGGUGGGGGCCUCGUGUGUAUGGGGAUGCCGCCACAUUCGGCAGCGGCAGCUGCGUCGCUAAUGUGUGCAGCGCAGCAACAACAACAGCAGCAACAUCAACAGCCACAAUCACCACCCACGGGUGGGAAUGGUAUGUCCGUGGUAGGCGGUUAUGGAGAUGUGAACUCCAGUCCGGGCAUGCUGAAAACAGUACCAGAGGAAGUGCAUCAUCAAAUGAAUGGUGAGGAUGUGCUCAUUUCAAAGGAUCGCAAUCAUGCAACACGCUUUUGACGGUAAAUUACAAUCAUCGAGACGCUAGAGAUGGCGCAAUAAGAAUACCAUAGAUGAGAGUGUAGACGAAGUAGAAACGAAUAAGCGAAAAUGUUAACAAAACAAAAGCUGAAAAUGCUAAAGUGUGCUAAACAAAGUGUUUUCAGAGGAAAAUAUGUAAACAGACUAUAAUAGAAUGUGAUGAAAAUCUAAAUAAAUUAAUUAAUGAAAAUCUUAAGUAAAAGAAUUUCCGUUGAUUUAAAAGAAUAUCUACAACUUAAGAGUACUACUACAGACAGAUACAAAGCAACCCUGCAAGACUUAAUUAUGUAAUUCUCGGAGGCGUUCUUAUUUAUUUAAUGUCCUUAAAACCAUAAUUAUCUUUUCUUUUAAGUCUUCUCUUACUUCUCUUACAGUUCUCUCAUUUUAGUUAUGUUCCAUAAGUUCAAUAUAGUUUUGUAAAAUCAAUUUUUAUUUCAAAGUGAAGUUCUCUUUCAUUAAUUUAAUAUUACUCCAAAAUUAAGUUCUUUCACUAGUUCCAUACUGUUUCCCAAGUUUUUACGGUUUCACAGGUUCAAUAUUUUUUCAUAUGUUCAGUACUAUUUCACAAUAUCAAUGCUGUUCCAUAAGUUAAAUAUUAUUACACAAGUUCAGUACUGUUCCUCAAGUCCAAUAUUGUUCCACAAGUUCAAUACUAUUUCAUAAAUUCAAUAUUAUUACACAAGUUCAGUACUGUUCCUUAAGUUCAAUACUGUUUCAAUAUUAUUGCUCAAGUUCAAUACUGUUUCACUAGUUCAAAACUGUUUCACAAGUACAAAACUGUUUUAUAAGUUCAGCACUGUUCCAUAAGUUCAAUAUUAUUACUCAAGUUCAAUACUAUAUCACAAGUUCAAUACUGUUUUGCAAGUUCAAUACUGUAUCACAAGUUCAAUACUGUUUUACAAGUGCAAAACUGUUUUAUAAGUUCAGUACUGUUCCAUAAGAUCAAUAUUAUUAGACGAUUUCAAUACUGUUUCAUACGUUCAACACUGUUUCACUAGUUCAAUACUGUUCCACAAGUUCAGUUUUGUUCCACAAAUUCAAUACUGUUUCAUACGUUCAACACUGUUUCACUAGUUGAAUACUGUUCCACAAGUUCAAUAUUGUUCCAAAAGUUCAAUAUUAUUACACAAGUUCAGUGCUGUUCCUCCUGUUCAAUACUGUUUCAUAAGUUAAAUACUCUUUUACAAGUUCAAUUCUAUUUAGAAAAUGUGCUUCUAAAUAUCAUUUCGUAAGAACUGCAUAUAGAAAUAUUUAAAUUUUGAAAAGGCUAACACAAAAAAUAAUGUUAAUGGUUUUGGAGAACUUUAAAUCAUUAGUGCACUUAUUUUAUAAAAUUUCUUGCAGGGUUGUUUCUAACUCAUAAAGAAAAUUUAUAAAUCUACAUGUAUAUAGGAAAUACACAAAUUAACUGCCAAUAAAAGCAUUUGAAACUCAUAAAGUCUGGGUAAGUUGGAUGGCAGCCCUGUAAGCAUAUAUUGUUCAACACUGUAGUUUUGUCAAUACACGGAUAUGAAGAUGUUUUUAUUUGUGUUGAGCAUUUAGUUGCAUUAUUUUUUCAAAUCUUGGUAAACAUAAAAAUUUAGGAAAUAUAGGAAAUAGCUAAUUAUAAAUAACUAAAAAAUUAAAUGAAAAAAAUUUUAAAUUAUAAAGAAAUAAAAAAAAAUAUGAAAAAAUAAAAAAAGUAAAAAAUUAAAUAAAGAAUUACUUAAAAAAAUUAAAUAAAAUAAUUCAGCUUUUAUUAACAAUUAAAGUGGAAAUAUAAAAAAGUAAUAAAAAAAUUAAAAAUAAAUCUAAAUAUGAAACUCAAAGAGUGAAAUUAAGCAUUAAAUUAAUUGUAAUAAAAAUUAAUUACGCUAAAACAAACACAAUGAAAUUGUAAUUAAUAUAAUUGUAAUGUGUGACAAAGAAAAGUAAGGUUAAGUUUACCAACUUCCACAAAAAAAGAGUUAAUAAAUCAAAAAGCGCAAGCUGUAUGCGUGUAGCGUAACGUAACGGUAAAUUGUUUAAAUUAUGGAUGUAAAAUACGGUAAAAAAAUUACAGCAAAGGAAAAUGCAGAAAUCGAAUUACUGAAUUGUUAAUAAUUGACUAUUAAUUAGCUUUAAGCAUUAAACACAACACGCAUUUAUAGGUACAUAGAUAUAUGUGUAGAUAAAGAAAUACUUACACACAUACAUAUAUAUACAGAACUACAUUUGUAUAUAAAUACCUAGUUACUAAAGCAUAUGUUAAAAAUUCAUUUGUGUAAAUUGCAUUUCAAAAUUAUUUAUUGUUGUUAGAAAAAACUAAAAAAUUACAAUUAAAGCUAGCACAAUAAAUUAAUUACUAGAUGUCAGCGUUUAAGCGCGCAGAAAAUGCAUUUAAAUUGGUUUUUAUUGUAAAAUUUAACUAUAAAUAUUUUUUGUAAAAUAAAUUUAAGAACAUAAACUAUGGUAUAAAUAAUAAGAGACUAGUCAGAUGAUAAAAAUCUUAAUAAAAAGCCAUAAAAAUUAAUAUUAAAUUAUUAUAAUUAAUUAAAAAAAUCAGAAAAAAUAAAUAAAUGUAUACAAAAACAUAAUGUAUAAGAAUAAAAAAAUAAUACAAUAAAUUUAAUAUGCAAAAUUAAAAAA